CUGACUUGGAAGACGCUAGGAGCUUAUCAUCAAAAGCCUAGGAUCAUUGCUUGACACCUUCAUUGACCUCCUUAGCAUAUAAAAGUUUUUCCUUUCUUAGACAUCUUGGUUUAUGUUCUAACCUUAUUAAAAGGAAUUUGAGAAGCUUUUACUCUGUCAUGGUCAGAAGUUGAGCUGGUACUGGUAUUCUUUAACUGUUAUUUGUAAAUUGUAGACUAGUUUUUGCCAAUAUGAAAUAGAAAAUUAUCUAAAAUUUUCUUACUUUUUAUCAAUUUCCUCAUUUCUUAUCAGCCUCCAACUUAUUCAUUCAAUUCUUGGUUUCAUGUCAAAAGGCAUGAAAAGCUAUGUCGACCAGAUACAAACAAUGUGCUAUCUAUCACUUUUCUUUUUUCUGUGAGAAGAAAUUGUAUAUCAGCUUGACCCUUUAUGAGCAUGACAGCAGCAUUAAAAAUCACUAUCACACCGAAUUAUCAAUUUUUGAUUGCUGAAUUGUUUAAUUAGUUAGCUUUCAAAGGAAAAUAGCUGGACAUGAUUGUUUAUUUGUCUGAAAAUACUAAAACUAUGUAAUGAGUGUUAGCAUUAGUUGUUGUAAUUGGGGAAAAAAGAUAAGGAGAUUGCCAGUUCUCUGCUUUUUAGAUACACUGGAUCCUGAGCUUAAUAUAAUUACCACAAUGGUAGUAUAAUGGAUUGUGAUUUGAGUAAGGUGGGAAUAGAGGGUUUUUUGACUUGCAUUCAACUAUUUGAGCAUUAUGACUAUUAUUGUACUUGCUUUGAGCACCAUGGAAUAGGUUUUCCACACCUUGUUUAUGGACAAACUGAAGAAUAAUCAAUGACUUUAAAGUGAACGGAAGUCUACCAUAUGGUCCCAUUGUCAUUUUGUUUGAAUUUGUGUGGUUUUAUUCUGGUAGAAUGAUGAUAAAGCCGUAUGAUUGGAUUAAAUUUUAAGUUAAGCCCUCAUCUUUGCUAAGGGUUGCCAUGGGGUGGUGAUAAAAGAUGUGGUUGAUUAAUGCUACUUUGUCCUACAAGUACGAAAAUAAAAUUAUGACAUAGGCCUUGUAUAAUUUGAACAUUUCAUAAAUGGAAUUAGCUUUUCAGGGCCUUGUUUCAAAAUAGGAGACCUCAACCAUAUCAGUUGGAUAAAACUGUGAAGAUAAAAAUGAGCAGCUUCUUAAUGUUAACCUUAUCCUAAAAAAAAUUACAAAAGAAAAAAGCUUGUAAUACUACUCCAAUGUUUACAAGAAGAGAAAAAUGUAACCAAAAAGAAUUGAAGCGCAUCCAAUUGAGGCGUGGACACGUGGUGACAACAUGAACUGGUACGUGGCUUGACUAACAAAGCCACGAUGUAACCCAUAGUCCCAAAGGGAUAAAGAUGAAUAGCAGCAACCGUAAGCAAGAGUUUAUGUAAUCUGACGCAGGGUCUGAUAAGACUAAAAGAAGCCCAAGGAAGACUCGGAAAUGUAUCAAAGGAGAAUUCUACUACGACAUUCAUUUACCGUCUCAUUUGGGUUAUAUAAGAGACAUCUUCACUUGUUUUACCACAGCUUGAAAAUAAAGUGAACAGAAAAACAAUGGCAGAUGAAAUUAUCUUAUUGGACUUUUGGCCAGACCCAUUUGCAGUGAGGGUGAAAAUUGCAUUGGCAGAGAAGGAAUAGACUAUGAAUGAAUCAAAGGAAGAGGAUUUGAGCAACAAAAAUUCUCUACUUUUAAAGGUGAAUCCUGUUCACAAGCAAAUCCCAGUGUUGAUACACAAGGGGAGACCUGUCUCUGAAUCCCUCAUCAUAGUUCAAUAUAUUGAUGAGGUUUGGAGGGACAACUCUCCUCUGCUCCCUUCCCAUCCUUGUGACAGGGCUAAUGCCAGGUUCUGGGCUGACUUUGUUGACAAAAAGAUAUAUCGCACGGGGAAGUUGGUAUGGGGAGCAACAGGUGAGGUCCAAGAAGCUGCAAAGAAAGAGCUAAUUGAGUGCUUCAAAUUGCUGGAAGAAGAGCUGGGAGCCAAGCCUUUUUUUGGAGGUGAGAGCUUUGGGUUUACAGAUAUGUCAUUGAUUCCCUUCUACAGUUGGUUCUAUCAAUUGGAGACCUGCGGGAACUUGAGCAUUGCAGCAGAGUGCCCAAAGCUGGUUACAUGGGCUAAAAGAUGCAUGGAAAGGGAGAGUGUGUCCAAGUCUCUGCUUGACCAACAUAAAAUUUAUUGCUUCAUUAUGGAGCUUAAGAUGAAAUUUGAGGGAAAAUGAGGUCGUUUACCAUUUUUCCCUUUACUAAAAGCCUUCUAGGCUUUUCAAUAAAUAUGGGGUUUGGUUAUUUUGUUGUAUUUCAAUAAAAGUUGUUAAAUUAUAAUAAAAAAAGCUUAAUGUUUGUUUUAUUUUUUUAUA